AUGAGCGGGCAAAUUGUCCCCAGUGGUACCAAGACCUAUGUCGCCGGUCUUCGGUCAAGUCGUGAUGGUGAAAGUGUCUGCGGUGGGUCUCUCAUUUCUCCAACGCACGUGCUCUCCGCGUCUCAUUGCGUACCUUACGAUAUACGUUGGGUCUCGAUUGGUAUGCACUAUCGCAACGGCAGUCAAGGCGGUGAACAGAUCCGAGUUGUGUCCGUCAUGAACCACCCAAAUUACACGGAGAACGUCCAGUACUCGGACGACUUUUCGGUACUCGAGCUGGAGAAAGCCAGCAAAUUUAAGCCCAUUCAGCUGGCUGCUGCUGAUGACUCGGACUUUAAGGCGGGCAAGUGGGCCGCUACAAUGGGGUGGGGAAUGGAUGCGGAGGUAAACGGCACUUUAUCCUACGAACUGCAGCGGGUGAACAUUCAGCUAAUAAGUGAUGAGUCAUGUGCACUUGCUGCCACUAUUGACUCCAGUAUGGUGUGCGCCGGAGGUGUGUUGGGUCAAGACGCUUGCUUCGGAGAUUCGGGAGGCCCAUUGAUUCUUGAAGGAUCUAGAGGUGAUAACUUGACGGAGGAUGUGCUGAUCGGUAUCGUAAGUUGGAGCAAGGACGACACUUGCGGAAGGGAAGGAUAUCCUGGUGUGUACUCUCGCGUGUCAAAGGUACGGGCGUGGAUCGAUUCUAUCACAGGUGGCACCGGCACUUGCAUUGCCUAA